CUCAGCUACCCCCUGAGCCCCCUGGGGCUGGUCGCCGGGGGCAUGGGGGGCAUGGGGGAGACCAGGCUGGACCUGGGGGGCUUCGACGGCGAGCCCGAGCUGCAGCCCAGGAAGUCGAACAUGUUCCUGGACAAGCCGCGCCUCCCGGAGAAGAACGUCAAGCGGCACAGCAUCCACGGCAUGAUGGAGGAGGAGAACGUGGUGCGGCCCCACCAGGAGAUGAAGCAACUCUCGCUGGACGAGAAGAAGUUUCUGCUGGCGGUGGAGCGCGGCGACGUGGCGUCCACGCGCAGGAUGCUGCAGCGCGCGCAGGAGACGUGCCACAUGAACGUGAACUGCGUGGACCCGCUGGGCCGGUCCGCGCUGCUCAUGGCCAUCGACAACGAGAACCUGGAGAUGGUGGAGCUGCUGUUGGAGUACCGCGUGGAGACCAAGGACGCCCUGCUGCACGCCAUCUCGGAGCAGUUCGUGGAGGCCGUGGAGGUGCUGCUGGACCAGGAGGAGGCCGUGCACCGCCACGGGGAGCUGCACAGCUGGGAGGCGCUGCCGUCCGACACGGCCACCUUCACGCCGGACAUCACCCCCCUCAUCCUGGCGGCGCACCGGGACAACUACGAGAUCAUCAAGAUCCUGCUGGACAGGGGCUCGACACUGCCAAUGCCGCACGACGUCAGGUGCGGCUGCGACGAGUGCGUGACCUCGCGGCAGGAGGACUCGCUGAGGCACUCGCGGUCCAGGAUCAACGCGUACCGCGCGCUGGCCUCGCCGUCCCUCAUCGCCCUCUCCUCCAAGGACCCCAUCCUCACGGCCUUCGAGCUGUCCUGGGAGCUGCGCCGCCUGUCCUUCCUGGAGCACGAGUUCAAGACCGAGUACCAGGAGCUGCGCAAGCAGUGCCAGGACUUCGCGACGGCGCUGCUGGACCACACGCGCUCCUCCUACGAGCUGGAGGUGCUGCUGAACCACGACCCCACGGGGCCGGCCUUCGAGCACGGCGAGCGCAUGCACCUGAACCGCCUCAAGCUGGCCAUCAAGCUGAGGCAGAAGAAGUUCGUGGCCCACCCCAACGUGCAGCAGCUGCUGGCCUCCAUCUGGUACGAGGGCCUGCCGGGCUUCCGCCGCAAGAACAUGGUGCUGCAGGCGCUGGAGAUCGUGCGCAUCGGCGCCAUGUUCCCCUUCUUCUCGGCGGUGUACGUCAUCGGGCCGCACUCCGGCGUGGGGCAGACGCUGCGAAAGCCCUUCAUCAAGUUCCUCUGCCACGCUGCUUCCUACUUCACCUUCCUUUUUUUACUUAUCCUAGCUUCCCAACGCAUCGAGUCUGUGAUAGCCGAAUGGAUUUUCGGAGCCGAUCCUAGUAGUAACGACGAGAGCCACGACAUCACCACCAAGCGGGGCGCGCCUCCCACCGUCGUGGAGUGCUUCAUCCUCGCGUGGGUGCUCGGUUUGAUAUGGAGCGAGGUGAAACAGUUGUGGGACGUCGGAUUAGAAGAGUAUGCCAAUGAUAUGUGGAACGUAAUAGACUUUGUCACCAACUCACUGUACGUGGCAACGGUGGCACUCCGGGUCGUGGCCUACUACCAGGUCCAGAAGGAGAAGGAGAUGUCUCCCUACGGCCUGGCCGACCUGCCGCGCGAACAGUGGGACACUUGGGACCCCAUGCUCAUAUCGGAAGGACUGUUUUCUGCUGCCAACAUUUUCAGCUCCCUCAAGCUGGUCUACAUCUUCUCCGUGAACCCGUACCUGGGGCCGCUGCAAGUGUCCCUCAGCCGGAUGGUCUUGGACAUCAUGAAGUUCUUCUUCCUCUACGUCCUGGUGCUGUUCGCCUUUUCUUGCGGUCUGAACCAGUUGCUGUGGUACUACGCGGACAUGGAGAAGCAGAUCUGCAACAAGAACCAGCCCACCCAGCAGGCCGCCAACUCGACCCACGCGCCGGACCGCGACGCGUGCGUCGUCUGGAGGCGGUUCGCCAACCUUUUCGAGACGACGCAGACCCUCUUCUGGGCCGUGUUCGGGCUGGUGGACCUGGACAACUUCGAGCUGGCCGGGAUCAAGAGCUUCACGCGCUUCUGGGGCAUGCUCAUGUUCGGGACGUACUCCGUCAUCAACAUCGUGGUGCUGCUCAACCUGCUCAUCGCCACCAUGAACCACUCCUACCAGCUCAUUUCCGAACGCGCCGACACCGAGUGGAAGUUCGCCCGCAGCAAGCUGUGGAUCUCGUACUUCGAGGAGGGAGGCACCGCGCCGCCGCCCUUCAACGUGAUCCCCACGCCCAAGAGCAUCUUCUACAUCUGCAGAUGGGUGCAACGCAAGCUGUGCGGACACUCGCGCGCCGCCAAGAAGGAGCACAUGCGCACCAUCAGGAGAAAGGUGAAGCAGGCCAGUGAGAGGGACUUCCGCUAUCAGAGCAUCAUGCGCAACCUGGUGCGGCGGUACGUGACGGUGGAGCAGCGCAAGGCCGAGUCGCAGGGCGUCACCGAGGACGACGUCAACGAGAUCAAGCAGGACAUCUCGGCCUUCCGCUGCGAGCUCAUCGAGAUCCUCAAGAACUCCGGCAUGAACACGCACACGUCGUCCUCCACGGGCGCAGGCUCCGGCGGCAAGAAGAACCGGCAGAAGGAGCGGCGCCUGAUGAAGGGCUUCAACAUCGCGCCGCCGCCGUCCUCGUCGGGCGGCCCCAACCUGUCCCCCGUGGUGGAGAUGACCCUCGUCUCGGACCAGUCGGACGAACCCAUCUGCGCGUCGGCGGACAAUGGCGGCGGCGCGGCGGCGGGGCAGGGGUCGGGCCAGCACGGCCAGCAAGCCGGCCCGUCCGACGGCCACCAGCACCAAGGACUCCGAUCGAGGCUGCACCUCGGCAAGUCCCGGUCGGCGCUCGGCGGCUCGCACAAGCGGCGCUGGGGCACGCUCAUCGAGGCCGCCAAGUCGGGGCGCGUGGGCCGCCUCAUCAGCCGGUCGCGCUCCGAGGACUCGGUGUGCAACGGGUCGCGGGCCGCGCGCCACCAGCGCCACGGCCGCUCCAACUCGGAGGAGGCCACGGACACGGACUCGACGGAGGGGCUGGGCCACCCGCUGGCCAACGCGCUGGCCGCGCUCAAGCGCAAGCGGCACAAGUUCCACACGUCGCGCGGCAGCCACGCCGUCCAGACCACCUCCAACAACGACAGCGACGACGUGGCCAUGCACGGCCUCAGCGGCUCGCUCCAGGGGCCGUCCUCGUCGGGGGCCUCCACGUCGGCUGCCUCCAAAACGGCGCUGCAGCGGGCCUCCAGCGUGCCGGCGCGCACCCCCGAGGAGGUGAUGGAGACCCGUCUCCCAUUUCCGGGUAUUCAACUGCCAACACGAAAGGGUUUGUUAAAGAGAUAUUGGCAUUGGCCUAGUCUUGAUUGGAUGAAUUCAAAAAAUUUAGAUGAAAUGUUCAACUGCACAAUCAUUGUUGAUAUUACAAAAUUAUGUUUUAAUGUGAAUAACAUGGACACUACCUUUGUGACUUAUUUUGAAAGCUUAGUUAAAACUGCAUGGGACCAUCAUCCCUAA